AUGGGUGGCUGUCAAUCGUCGUGUUGCGGAGGACGAUCCCGCGAUGGCCUCUACGAGCCCGUUCUCGCCGACAGCGAGCGGGAAGCCGUCGCAGACCUGCUGCAGUAUCUGGAAAAUCGCGGCGAGACCGACUUUUUCUCGGGCGAACCACUCCGGGCCUUGAGCACUCUAGUCUUUUCCGAAAAUAUCGACCUCCAAAGGAGCGCGAGUCUCACCUUUGCCGAAAUCACUGAACGAGACGUCCGAGAAGUCGACCGCGAUACCCUCGAGCCGAUCCUCUUUCUUCUUCAGAGCCCUGACAUUGAAGUCCAACGAGCUGCCAGUGCUGCCUUGGGCAACCUUGCUGUCAACACCGAAAACAAAGUCCUCAUCGUACAACUGGGCGGGCUGACGCCGCUCAUCCGGCAGAUGCUCUCGCCCAAUGUAGAGGUCCAGUGCAAUGCCGUCGGCUGCAUCACCAACCUCGCGACGCACGAGGAGAACAAGGCCAAGAUCGCCCGCUCUGGCGCCCUCGGCCCCCUCACCAGGCUGGCCAAGUCCCGGGACAUGCGCGUCCAGCGCAACGCCACGGGCGCCCUUCUCAACAUGACACACUCUGACGAAAACCGGCAGCAGCUUGUUAACGCCGGCGCCAUCCCGGUCCUCGUCCAGCUCCUCUCGUCCGCCGACGUCGACGUCCAGUACUACUGCACGACGGCGUUGAGCAACAUCGCGGUCGAUGCCAACAACAGAAGGAAGCUCGCCUCGUCUGAGCCCAAGUUGGUCCAGUCGCUGGUUAAUCUGAUGGACUCGUCGUCUCCCAAGGUCCAAUGCCAGGCAGCCUUGGCCCUUCGAAACCUCGCGUCCGACGAAAAGUACCAGCUCGACAUUGUGCGCGCCAACGGCCUGCACCCGCUCCUUCGUCUCCUCCAGUCCUCCUACCUCCCCCUGAUUCUCUCGGCCGUCGCUUGCAUCCGCAACAUUUCGAUCCACCCCCUGAACGAGUCGCCCAUCAUCGAGGCCAACUUCCUGAAACCCCUCGUCGACCUCCUCGGCUCGACCGACAACGAAGAGAUCCAGUGCCAUGCCAUCUCGACCCUGCGCAACCUGGCUGCCAGCUCCGACCGGAACAAGGCGCUCGUCCUCGAUGCGGGCGCGGUACAAAAGUGCAAGCAGCUCGUGCUGGAUGUUCCAGUGACGGUUCAGUCGGAAAUGACGGCCGCCAUCGCCGUCCUCGCCCUCAGUGACGACCUGAAGUCGCAUCUGCUCAACCUCGGCGUCUGCGACGUGCUGAUUCCGCUUACACACUCUCCUAGCAUUGAGGUGCAGGGUAACAGUGCUGCGGCGCUGGGCAACUUGUCCUCGAAAGUUGGCGACUACUCCAUCUUUGUGCAGAACUGGAACGAGCCCAACGGCGGCGUCCACGGCUACCUCGGGCGGUUCCUCCAAUCUGGCGACGCCACCUUCCAACACAUUGCCGUGUGGACGCUCCUCCAGCUAUUCGAGUCCGAAGACAAGGCGCUCAUCAGCCUCAUCGGCAAGGCCGACGACAUCAUCGAGCACAUCCGAAACAUCGCGAAACGACAAGUCGAGGCUGAGCCCGAAUCCGACGAGGAGGAUGAAGGCGAGGUGGUGAACCUGGCGCAGCGAUGCCUCGAGCUGCUGGGGCAGAGCAUGUCCAAGGCGCACAUCGAGGGGUGA